AUGUCAUGUUCCACAGGGUUUGGUCCGAUUCUAGCUAAGUUCAACUCCAACAACGUCGAGUACUCUCUUAGAGCUUUUCCUCUUGGAGGCUUUGUCGGAUUCCCUGACAACGAUCCAAACAGUGGGAUCCCUCUAGACGACAAGAACCUCCUCAAGAACCGUCCCAUUUUAGACAGAGUGGUUGUGGUCUCAGCUGGAAUCGUAGCUAAUGUAAUCUUCGCUUACGCUAUAAUCUUUGCUCAAGUGGUUGUUGUUGGUUUACCAGUUCAAGAAGCGUUUCCAGGAGUUCUUGUUCCUGACGUGAAGUCUUUCUCCGCUGGUUCUCGUGAUGGAUUGCUUCCUGGAGACGUUAUCUUAGCCGUUGAUGGGAGUGAGUUAACCAGCUUCGGUUCUGACUCUGUUUCUAAAGUCGUUGACGUUGUGAAGAGCAAUCCAAAUCACAAGGUUUUGCUCAGAGUCCAAAGAGGUAAUAAACAAGGUUUCGAGAUCAUGAUCACACCUGAUAAGAGCUUCGAUGGAACAGGGAGGAUCGGUGUUCAGCUAUCACCGAACGUGAGAUUCUCAAAGGUGAAACCGAAGAACGUAACAGAGACUUUUAGUUUUGUCGGUAGAGAGUUCUUUGGUCUCUCUUACAAUGUUUUGGAUAGUUUGAAAAAGACUUUUCUCAACUUUUCUCAAACCGCUAGUCAAGUCGCUGGUCCUGUUGCGAUCAUUGCGGUUGGAGCUGAAGUAGCGAAAUCAAACGCGGAUGGGCUUUACCAGUUUGCGGCGUUGCUGAAUCUAAACCUUGCGGUGAUCAACCUGUUGCCAUUACCGGCUCUUGAUGGUGGAACUCUGGCUUUGAUCUUGUUGGAAGCGGUUAGAGGUGGGAGGAAGCUACCGUUAGAGGUUGAGCAAGGGAUCAUGUCUUCUGGAAUAUUGCUUGUGCUAUUUCUUGGUUUGUUUCUCAUUGUUAAGGACACACUUAACCUUGAUUUCAUCAGAGAAAUGUUGUAA